UACCGUACAAAACCUAUCUGGGACGCUGCGACUCAACAUUAACGGGCUGCUACCUACAAGGUGAACCGACCAGGUGAAACUCGGGACUUGGGUCACAUCUUCUGCUCAGAAAACACAUUUCUACUCCCUGGACGUCCGCAGUGGUUGGGAUUUUCACAUUGUUAGCGGCGUGUCUAUGUUUCUACUGCGACUGUUCACACGUCUGUGUUUGCAAAAAUUAAAAUAAUUUUUUUUUUUUAAAUAUUCACAACCCGAUGACAGUGAAGGAGAAGGUACGCUUAGCGUUAAGCUUAUCGCUGAAUCAAAUUUCACAUUCUGUUCUACGGUCGUGUCGGAGCUAGGCAUGUUGUGAUUGUACUGAUUGUACUGAACUGGAGGAAAAUGAUCAUGGGUUCGUACCCCGCUGGAAAAACUGCAUAGCCGUGUACAUAAAUAUAUUUAUAGCCCCGUUCUCACUCUUCAUUUGAGGUUUGCGAAGACAGGCUAAGAUUAGGGAUACAUCAACGCUUCUCCGCAGACGGCUGGAAUAUACAAACCCAGGACACAAACUUGGCUGGAAUAUACAAACCCAGGACACAAACUUAGCUGGAAUAUACAAACACCAAAGCCGGCAAUGAUGUCUGUGGUUGAAGGACAUAUGGCCGCCUAUUCCCAAGGCCCAUUAAGGCCAAUACCAAUCCACCUUCCGAGACCGGCUGGAUUAGACUUCCGCAUACCGGCAAACAUUCCCAGCGAAAAAACGGUCAAGCCUCGUCCUGCCCUGUGGAACCCUGCCCUCGACCUGAGCCCGUCCUCCAGGACCGGCCGGGACGUCUCGGAUCCCGAGACCCACAGCAAGAAGAGAGCCACGCCCACGUCCAAGCCCACUGAGGUAACCACGCCCACCACCAGCGCCCCGCCCAUCAAAGUCACGCCGCCCCCAAUGCCGCCGCUGACCACAGUUGGGGGGUUGAAGGAUCCCAUGGCGUUAGUGUCAAAGGAACCCCGAUUGAUGGGGUCGCCCAUGCCACCGCUGACCACCGUUGGGGGAUUGAAAGACCCCAUGAUGCUCACCUCAAAGGAUCCCCACCUGAUGGGGUCAUCCAUGUUUGAGCACCUGCACCGACAACUCCCCGGAAACAUGGAGAACCAGCUCAGCAUCUUGGCGUCGAAGGAAGUGUUUUUCUCCACGCUGUUCGCCAACCCCGGGGGUCUGCCGCCCCACCCAUCUCAACUGACGCCAUCGCCCCACCCCCACCCGUUUAUUUCACUAUCAGAGAGACAGAUAUCAUUGCAGAACGCGCUGGCGAUUGCUCACGCCAAAGCCGUCAUGGAGCGGUUAUCAUCUAGUCCAUCACAAGCCCCGCACCCACCACGUCACCACCCAAACCACCUCCAACAUCAUCAUCAACAACAGCAACAACGACCCCAGCCCCAACAAAACCAACAAGCCCCAAUCCCUGAACGCGCGCCGACCUUGCAAAACGCUUUGGCCAUCGCCCAGUCAAGGGCGUUAAUCGAACGCGUCAACUCUAGUCAAAUUCUCUCCCCUGCCAUGGACGGCCACCCCAACCACCACUACGGCCGGAAGUUGUUUCCGUGCCCCCAAUGCCGUUACACGACUGACCGGCGGAACAACCUGAAGCGCCACAUGCUGACCAUGCACCAGACCAGCUCUAAGAUGCUCGAGUGCUGCGGCGUCCUCUUCAACACCAAAGCCUCCCUGCGCGAGCACGCCCUCAUCUACCACUACCACGGCUACACCUGCUGCUUCUGCGGACGCCGAUUCUGCCGCAAAGCUCUGCUGAAACGUCACCUUUCCGUCCACAACGGGCAGAAAGAUUUCGUCUGCAACGUCUGCGACUACGCCACGUCACACAAAAGCAACCUGGAGCGUCACCGGAAGGUCCACUCCCGUCAGGAGGACGGCAAGGACGGCGAGGACGAGACCCGUUACCAUGACGACGACACGCGCCACUACCAAGACGACGUCAAGUCGAACGGCAGCGAGGCCGUGAGUCACGACGACGCGAGCAGCGACGAGCUGUCCGUGUGCUCCGACUACGACGACGACGACGACACCGAUGUCGAAAUCAACGUCCACAGCGAUUAGGCGCACGCGCGCGGAGAAAAAAAAAUUCGUUAUUGACAAAACGGUCUUUCAUAGAAAUGAACUCCAUAGAAGAGCCCUUGACGUUUCAGCGUGUCCGACUGCGCAUGUCAGUUGAUCCUGAGGUCAUUGUCACAAUCUCAAUAGUACAUCAUGCAGUAGAAUAGCAUGCACACAACAUAACAUUGGCAACAAUGCCCAACUGUCUGAUUCAAAACAUUUUGUGUACGUUCAUGCAAAGUUUAAUUUGCGUAAUAAAUAGCGCAACAAAAAAAGUCUACUGCUGUUGUUCAUUCCACGGGCAAAAAAAGAAUUUCCCCACCCAACACAACUUAAACCCAUUGACAGGAGAAUGCUGUAAACAAGGGACUGAACUCUCGACAAAGGAAAACUGAGACAGCUGUCGGCAGACGACACUGAUACCUCACUUCCGCUACAAUAAACAGCCAAUGGCACACACACACACACACACACACACACACACACACACACACACACAAAGUUCGUUGACAAAGGUGUUAAAAUGACGCUGAACUGAACAAUUCUUUUAAGUCAGAAUGAUGUUUAUAUUAAUAUACUUUAUAAAUGAUAAAAUUGACCAAAUAUUUUAUUUAAACUUUAUAAUUUUUAUUUUUAAAAAAUUUGAUUAAUUGCAUUGAUUACUUUUGUGUGUGGUAUGUUUUAUAGUAAACGAAUAGUCUUAUAGUCAUAGAGUUUGUAUAGUUACAAUAUAGACCAUUAGAUAUGUUUUAUGUAGCCUACACUAUUUAUGCCAUGUGAUAUUUGACAAUUCUUGGCAGGCUUUGUUUUGUCUUGUAUGAAGUAUUGCGUCUUUCGGGUUGGUUUAUAGUUUAUAGUGACGCAAUCAAUUUUAUAGACAUGGACGAAAUUGUGUUUUGUCCAGGUUUGCCUUAGAUUUGAAAACAAAACUAAAAUUAAGCUAAAUCGUAAAACUAUUUCCGAUUUAAUAUGUUACAAAUAUAUGUAUUAAAAUGUGUACAUGCAUAGAACUUUAUAUUUUUAUUUUGAGUCUUCAUAUUUGUACGUGACUCCAUGUGUUUUGUGCACAAAAAGAUGAUGAUAUUUCUAUAUACUCUAGAAGCAUCUGGUUUGUUUCCUUCCCAACUUGUAGCUGUUGAAGUACUAAUUGUAUUUUUUUAAAAUCAAUACUUGAAUGUACAUGAACUGUAACUAAAAAAAAAAUUUUGUGUGAAUGUUUGACAAUGAUAAAUAAAGAUAAACAACAAAGUUUCGCACCUAAAAAAGGAAAGCAACAGAGUCACACAUUUAGUUCUAUACAUUCGUCCGCGUAUGUUUUAACGACUCUAAGAAAAUAUUUUGAAAAUAUUCCAACUCCACCUUAAAGAGUCCAGUCCGUUUGAUGCCACCAGUUUUAAGCUAGUCUCGGUUUCCCUGGCAACUGACUUCUGCGUCUCUACAUUAAUGUACUCACGUGAGGCUAUUUGUAGUAUAUUAAACACAACUACCUGAUAAAAUCUUAGAUAGGGUAGGUAAAGCAGAGUGAAUAUGUUUUAUGUGUGAUUGCUAUUAUCAAUUUUCUUCAGUAAAGCAUGUCCAUAUUUAUAACUCUUCAUAAUUCAUGUCUGUAAACAAACAGAUAAAACUUGUUUAUCUUUAAAGCAGAAAAAAAAAAACAAUUGUUAUUCAAAUUUCUUUAUUGAAUUGAGAUCAACACAACGUUUAAAAUGUAUCCUUUUGUCUGUAGUAAUACGAUAUUUAAAAAAAAAACUUUGUGUUAAGAUUUUACACAAACCCACAUCACACGAACAUGACUUUUCAAAAUAGGAGGUGAUGCUAAAGAGAUAUAAGCUUUAUCACAAUUGUUCAUUCAAAAACUA